CAAGUAGCUUCAGCUUAUUUGAUAAAAUUUAUUACAUUUACUCUUUUGGACCAUGAGGCAGCAGAUGGCGCUACUGUGUAACACUAAGCGGCUCAUUGACGCUGUAGAGGGAAAAUGUGCGUUAGCGUGUGGGCUGAGGGAAGCCCCUAGUUAGCCAAGAGUGGAAACAUGGAUGAUGAGGAGGUCGCCGAGAGCUGGGAAGAGGCCGCCGAUAGUGGGGAAAUGGAAAGAAGACUAGAGGAAAAGCUUCGAAUCAGUCAGAAAGAAAGACUUUCAAGUGGCAGUUCGAGCCAUUCUCCGAUGAGAACAGCCAUCGUAAUCCAGGAUGACUCCCUCCCCGCAGCACCCCCACCUCAGAUUCGUAUUUUAAAGCGACCCUCCAGUAACGGAUCUUUAGGAUCAUCUGUGACGCAGACUCGACCCUCCCCACAAGUAAAAUCCUUAGCUCAGCGAGAGGCAGAAUAUGCAGAGGCCAGGAAGAGAAUCCUUGGCAGUGCUACUCCUGAUGACACGCCACAGGAGAGACCCAAUUCAGACCGAUCCCCACGUGGAAGCAGCCAUACACUUUCAGAGGAAAACAGAUCAGGAAACCAUGUGGUUCGACAGCCAGCAGGUCCAGAUGGUACACAAGGCUUUCAACACCAGCGCAGAUAGGAAUAGCAGCCUUUCCUGGGAGAAAAGGAGAGGCGAUAGUGGGUCUCCCAGAAUACUGUUGAAAUUCAAAAAAAUGUUAUCCAUAUUUAGGAUGUGGGCUGUUUUUCAAAUAAGUAUGAAACCCUCUCGAAUCUAGCACAGCAUGUGUGGAAUGUAAUUGGGGAAAGAAACACGAUCCAGAGGAGUGAAUGGGGAACGUUCCCCGCUUUUACACUGUGAUGAGGACCUCGCUUCCGGACACUGCUCACUGUGAUGUCCAGCCCCCAGCCCUCAAAAUCAAAACGAAAAUAGAGAGAAAUGAAACCGAACUGCAGAACUAUUGUCCCUUCCUCACGUAACUCAGCCGUCACUGGCAUCCAGCCUGUCAAGUCAAGCCCUCUGAAGAGACAUUUGAAACAGAAGAAAACAAGUGCUGGAUGUUCUAGAACCCAUAAAAGGAUGGUAUGAGGCACCAGCUUCCUUCAGCAAUAAUUCUAGAAAUAUCACUAAUUAUUCAGACCUCUCUUCCACACUCUUCUCUCAAGCUUUUGUAUUGCUUGUGUUUGUCUUUUAUUUUAAUUUUGGUUAUUACUAGCUCGGUCUGCUAAUUGCCAUAUGUUUUUAAAUGGGUAAGAAACAGUGAGGGUAUGUUGUGGAAACUCAAGCUGACUUUUAAGGUCUUUGUUUACAGUUAUCUCUUUUUUGUUGUUUUACUCAUGGGUCUUCCUCUGACUGUCCUGAUUUAUACAUAAAGAAGAAUAAAACAAGAACUAGUAGAGUAUUAAACGAGAGCAGCAAAUCACAUUUUUAAACCGUUUCUAUGCCUUUUAUAUGAUUUAAAAUGGUCAUUUUUAGACCUCUGCAUUUAAAGUGAAAUCCAGUGGAAAGAUGACUUGUGUAAAUAUUCCUUGUGCUGGAAAGAACUGAAGGGAGUAAAGGGGGGCGGGGAGGAAUGAUUUCGCUGGCUCCUCUCACCUCACUUUCUCAUCAAAUCUGCUGUUGGCCAUUUUCUUUUCUUUCUUUUUUUUUUUACUUAUGUAGGAACUCAGGUUGUUGUGAGGAAAUAUGAGUGGAUGAAUGAAGUUGUGUAUCAGUGGAUAGGUUUUUAACUGAAUGAUGGUGCAAUGUUAAGUUUACAUGAAGUAUGGCUUCAAGAUCAUUUGAAAAACAUUGACUGGAUUACAGAAUGUCCUAUAAGAGAUUAUUUAACGUUUAUUAAAACCUAAGAGAGAAGUGUGUCGCACCGGUGGCUUAACAAUGCAACUUUAAUGGAGUGUUAAGUUGGCCUAGUUGCUUUGGUUCUCGCAAUACAGUGUCUAUACAUUAAGAGCCAUACUACUUUUUUUGACUGUAACUCCCUGCCCUUUUUUUCUUCUUUUUUUAAAUUUUCUUCCUAAAACUUACUCUCUUGUGCUAUCCAUGAGUGAUAUCUCUGCCUCAUGCAGUUUAUGGAAAUACCCUUUAAUCUGACAUGUCAUUGUUCACCCAUUGUGCUGUAACAAAUCAGACCAGACGGGUUUGUCAUGGCCUGCCUGAGAACACAGAAAUCGGUCUGUAAAUACUUUUCAAAAUGCCCAUUUAAUAAAGACUUUUUAAAUAAUGUCUCCGGAGACCAUUUUUGAAAAUAUUUAAUUGUUUCAAUUCUUUCAAUGAUUUUAAAUGGGGAAUUCUUACUUUUACCUCCAAUGGCAUCCAACUGUUUGCAGACACAUGAUGCAAACUAGUCCUUCCAGUAGCAACUAUAUAUCCAAAAUGGUUAAAAGUCAGCAUUAAAGGGGUCAUAGGAUGCCCUUUUUCCACAAGUUGAUAUGAUUCUUUAG